CAACUCUGAUCGUGUCGCAGGCGUGGCUCACGGAGAACAUCCAAGUAGGCGAGCUAGGCAAAAAAUAUCCCGACGUCGCGUAUCUGAUGGAAGGUGACUCGCCCAGUUUGCUCUACCAUAUUCCCAACGGCCUGGGAAACCCCGAGUACCCGGAGUGGGGCAGCUGGGGUGGGAGGUACACGAGUAAUCCGCUUGAUGGCGAUGCAGCUGCGCAGCAGUACGGCGAUGCUGUGGACAUGGCACAAGGUGUGAACGGCGAGAUGUUCCUUACGAACCACGCGUCGGUGUGGAGGUGGCGCGAUGCGUUCCAGCAUGAGUUUGCUGCUAGAAUGCAGUGGACGCUCAGCCCUUGGAGUCCUGGUUCUAAUACCACGCAUCCGCCCGUUGUGUUGCUGAAUGGAACGUCUGGCCCGGAUGCGUUGCAUCUCAACGUCAGUGGUGGGGAAAAGGUGACGCUGGAUGCUUCGGAUUCUUACUCGCCGGAUGGGGGCGCGAGUCUGAAUUUCACUUGGUUCCAAUAUUCGGGUCCGUCUUCAUACCAAUCCUCGCCAAGCGAUGUCCCUACGGUCAACUUGACGGAUGUCACUGGGCCGGAUGCGAGCGUCGUGCGUUUCACAGUGCCCUACGGAAUGUACGAUACAUGCGUCGCCGACGAGGAUGUGACUGAAUUCGGUCAGUGGGGGGAGAAGCAGAAAUGUCCGAUUCUACAUGUCGUCGUUGCUGUAAAGGAUCCCUACAGUCAAAAAGAAAAACGCUGA